ACGUGCCAGGCUACAUGGGGCGUGCAGUGCGGCCAGAAUUUCUUGUGUUGUCGUUAAUUCUUCAGCUCAGGUGUUACUGCUCCAGUUUGAACUCUUCUGGACCCGGGGAGUGAGGCCGAGCUGUGCAUGGUUCGUGGGAAGAGUGAAGCCAGUCGGUGCAGUUUGUAGGAAUACUUGCUAACUGCUAGCUUAAGCUCAGAUCGUAAGGUCUUUUAAACUGACCAAAUACGGUUGGCAUGGUUACUAACGUCAGUUAACCUGAGAGCUAAAUAGUGGUUUUUGCUGUUUCGGUGAAUCACUGAGGAAAUACUGCACUUGGAAAGGCAUAUUUUGGGGUCAUAAGCGGGUAACUAGAGCUUGAUUGACAGAACUGGUGACCUUCCCUGGCAGCUGGGCGUGGUGUGACUUUUUUGGCCUUUCCAAAUUCAGUGAUUUAACUUAAUCUGACCAGAGCACCGACACAUCACCCAGUAUGUAAAGAGUGCUCAGUAACCUGUGCUAUUCGGACAUGUGAUUGAGUUUAUGGGUGUGUGGUCACUUGUAAGAAUGCCUCGCCGCUCAGUAGUGAACUUGCUGUGCCUGGGGACUCGAGCUGUCAGCCUGCUGAAUGGAAACUCUCUCCAGCCCUGCUUCCACUCUUCCAUACAACGCGCCUCCUCGCUGCCGAAAGCUGGAUUCAAACCGGAGAAAGUAGCCGUGGUUACAAAGACCACCCGGUAUGAGUUUGAGCAGCAGCGGUACCUGUAUGCAGGGCUCUCUGAGGAGGACCUCAAACACCUGCUCGCUCUGAAGGGCUCCAGCUACAGCGGCCUGAUGGAGAGACACAAAAUACACACCAACAACGUGGAGCACAUUGUGAAGAGCCUGCGGACAGAAGGCAUCGAGGUUCGGAUUGUGAAGAGGGGAGAAUACGAUGAAGAAGUGGUCCGGUGGGCCGACGCCAUCAUCUCUGCUGGAGGUGACGGGACAAUGCUUCUUGUUGCCAGUAAGGUUUUAAGCAAGGACAAACCAGUUGUUGGAGUAAACACGGACCCUGAACGGUCAGAAGGUCAUCUGUGCCUGCCUGUGCGCUACACCCAUGCCUUCCCAGAGGCCCUGAAGAAGCUCUGUUGUGGUGAGUUCAGGUGGCUGUGGCGUCAGAGGAUCCGUCUGCACCUAGAGGGGACCGGAAUCAACCCGACCCCCGUGGACCUGCACGAGCAGCAGAUGAGCCUGGAGCAGCACAGCCAGGCGCACCGCAUCACCACCAUGGACAGCAGGCAGAGGACCGGAAAUCCAUACCAGAGUUUCUCCAAGCCUAACCUGCUGCCGAUCAGAAGCCUGAAUGAGAUCUUCAUCGGAGAGUCUCUGUCCUCCAGGGCCUCCUACUAUGAGAUCUCUGUGGACGACGGCCCGUGGGAGAAGCAGAAGAGUUCAGGACUCAGCAUCUGUACAGGAACAGGAUCCAAAGCCUGGUCAUACAACAUCAAUAAGCUGGCUGAACAGGCGGUGGAGGAGGUGCUAAACAUCGGAAAGUCUCAAACAGGUCUGGAUAUCCCGUUGAAUCGGGACUUCAUUGAAAAGGUUACUGAUCUGUACAACGAGUCGCUGGUGUUCAGCCCGGACGACAGACGUCUGUUCUACAGCAUCAGGGAGCCCAUCGUCAACAGGGUGUUCUCCAGCAGCCGGCAGAGGGGCUUCGCCAGCAAGGUGUCUGUGCGCUCGCGCUGCUGGGACGCCUGCAUGGUGGUCGACGGUGGGACCUCGUUCGAGUUCAACGACGGGGCCAUCGCCACGAUCAGCAUGAGCGAGGAGGACCAGCUGAGGACCGUGCUCCUGGAGAACUGAGGAGUCCAGAGCGAGGAGGACCAGCUGAGGACCGUGCUCCUGGAGAACUGAGGAGUCCAGAGCGAGGAGGACCAGCUGAGGACCGUGCUCCUGGAGACCUGAGGAGUCCAGAGCUCCCUCACACUCGCUGUUCAAAGGGAAGUCUCGCUUUUAGCCUCCAAACCUGAGAGACAGGUAUCUCUGUUACAUCGUUUUAUCAAGUGUGCAUUUUUACCAAUCAAUUAUUCCCAGAUUAGAUUUAUUUCCCAUCCCUCUCUUCCCCAAGAUAUAUGACAACUCUGUAUUAUGUAGACUAUGUGUGGAGCAACGCUCAAAGCAUGUAACGGUCGGCAGAGGAAGGGAUAAAAGAUCAGGUAUCAUUGAUAGCGUUCUGUCAAAGAAAAGCAUCGUCUAGAUUUGUAUUUCAGAUUUCAUUUGGUGAUGAGUAGCUAUAGGUUUAUGACUUUGAAAGAAUAAUAAAGUGUUCUAUAUUAUCGUUUUUCCAACAAA